AUAUGCGCAACUUUUUGAGCGAAUCUAAUAAGUUACAUAUAUUUUCCCCCCGAACACCUGACUUUUUUUCCCGAAGUGCAUCGCGUUUACUGAAUCCUUAAAUAGUAAUGUUUAAAAUACGUAGAGUACGCAUUUAGCUGCUGAACCAGUUCUGGAUGCGUUUACCGAAGAAGUAUGCGCGAUCGCUAACUGGAUGUAGUUAUCUUUCUAUGUGAAGCGAUGAAUGUGUGAACUGGGGUGGCGGUGCACCGAAAGAGGACAUCUUAAGCGUGUGUCAAGUCCAGCAUGAAAGUAACUUAUCCCUCAAAUGAGGCUGAGGGUGGCGACUGAGUGAGGGGGACCGACCCUCCGCUCUCAUGUACAGAAAAGACUGAGCAUUAUCUCCUCUCCAUCAUGGCAAGUGCGCUAGCAUCAAGGAUGGGCCUAAACACCUUAUGGAAAAAAACGGCAAAGACCUUUAAUGUCACAAUAGCAACAAUGGAUGCCGAGUUGAAAUUUAGUUGUGAGGCUAAGUGGAAGGGCCGGGACCUCUUCGACUUGGUGUGCCGGACGCUGGGCCUACGAGAGACUUGGUUUUUUGGGCUUCAGUACAACAUGAAGGACACUGUAGCCUGGCUUAAGAUGGAUAAGAGGGUCCUGGACCAUGACAUUCCCCAGGAGGAGGGAGUCACCCUGAACUUCCUGGCCAAGUUCUUCCCAGAGAAUGCGGAGGAGGAGCUGGUCCAGGACAUCACCCAGCACCUCUUCUUCCUACAGGUGAUGAAGAUGAUCUUGGAUGAAGACAUCUACUGCCCCCCUGAAGCAUCUGUCCUGCUGGCUUCCUAUGCUGUUCAAGCAAAGUACGGUGACUAUGACCCCGGCCUUCACAAGCCAGGCUUUCUCGCUCAGGAGCAACUUCUGCCGAAAAGGGUAUUAAAUCUGUACCAGAUGACUCCAGAGAUGUGGGAAGAAAGAAUAACUGCUUGUUACGCUGAACACAGAGGGAAGACCAGGGAUGAGGCGGGGGUGGAGUACCUGAAGAUAGCUCAGGACCUGGAUAUGUAUGGAAUCAGCUAUUUUUUCAUAAAGAACAAAAAGGGAACUGACCUGCUGCUUGGGGUCGAUGCCCUGGGGCUGCACAUAUUUGACCUGGAGAACAAGCUGACGCCCAAGAUCUCUUUUCCCUGGAACGAAAUUCGCAAUAUUUCCUACUGUGAUAAAGAGUUCACCAUCAAGCCCCUGGACAAGAAGACGGACGUUUUCAAGUUCAACUCGUCAAAGCUGAGGGUAAACAAGCUGAUCCUCCAGCUGUGCAUCGGGAACCACGACCUGUUUAUGAGGCGUCGCCGUGUGGACUCCCUGGAAGUACAGCAGAUGAAGACUCAGGCCCGUGAGGAGAAAGCCCGGAAGAGGAUGGAGCGCCAGCGGCUGGCUAGGGAGAAGCACCUCCGCAAGGAGGCCGAGCGAGAGCGGGACGAGCUGGAGAGGAGGCUGCUGCAGAUGCAGAGCGAGGCCCAGAUGGCCAACGAAGCCCUGCUGCGCUCCGAGGAGACGGCCGACCUGCUGGCAGAGAAAGCCCAGAUAGCCGAGGAGGAGGCCAAGCUGCUGGCCCAGAAGGCCGCCGAGGCCGAGCAGGAGAUGCAGCGCAUCAAGGUAACAGCCAUCCGCAGCGAGGAGGAGAAGAGGCUCCUGGAGCAGAAGAUGCUAGAGGCCGAGAUGCUGGCGCUGAAGAUGGCCGAGGAGUCGGAAAGGAGGGCCAAGGAGGCCGACCAACUGAAGCAGGACCUGCAGGAGGCAAGAGAGUCUGAGCAGAGGGCCAAGAAGAAGCUUCUGGAGAUCACCAGCCGGUCGGCCUACACGCCGGCCCACCCGCCUUCCGGCUCCCUGCCACCAGACAUCCCAGGGGUGGGCAUGAGCUCCGAGAACCUCUCCUUUGAUUUCAAGGACACUGACAUGAAGCGGCUGUCCAUGGAGAUCGAGAAGGAGAAGUGGGUGUCUGGGCAGCCGGGGGUCAUCAGGGUGGAGUACAUGGAGAAGAGCCGGCACCUCCAGGAGCAGCUCAACGAGCUCAAGACGGAAAUAGAGUCACUGAAGCUAAAGGAGCGAGAGACGCCGCUGGACAUCCUCCACAACGAGAACACGGAGCGGGGCAACAGCAAGCAGAGCAGCUUCAAGAAGGUGCCUUAAGGUGUAAUCAUGCUAGACCAUCCCUACCGUACCGGGGCACGUCUGACCCCGAAAGCCCAGGUCGUCUGACUAGUGAGAUCCCUCUGUACCGUACCGGGGCACAUCUGACCCCGAAAGCCCAGGUCGUCUGACUAGUGAGAUCCCUCUGUACCGUACCGGGGCACGUCUGACCCCGAAAGCCCAGGUCGUCUGACUAGUGAGAUCGCUCUGUACCGUACCUGGGCACGUCUGACCCCGAAAGCCCAGGUCGUCUGACUGGUGAGAUCCCUCUGUACCGUACCGGGGCACGUCUGACCCCGAAAGCCCAGGUCGUCUGACUGGUGAGAUCGAUCUGUACCGUACCGGGGCACGUCUGACCCCGAAAGCCCAGGUCGUCUGACUGGUGAGAUCGAUCUGUACCGUACCUGGGCACGUCUGACCCCGAAAGCCCAGGUCGUCUGACUAGUGAGAUCGCUCUGUACCGUACCGGGGCACGUCUGACCCCGAAAGCCCAGGUCGUCUGACUAGUGAGAUCCCUCUGUACCGUACCGGGGCACGUCUGACCCCGAAAGCCCAGGUCGUCUGACUAGUGAGAUCGAUCUGUACCGUACCUGGGCACGUCUGACCCCGAAAGCCCAGGUCGUCUGACUAGUGAGAUCGAUCUGUACCGUACCUGGGCACGUCUGACCCCGAAAGCCCAGGUCGUCUGACUAGUGAGAUCCCUCUGUACCGUACCUGGGCACAGUCCGUUUAAAGAGACAGGCCUGGGCACAGUUAGUCAGACUUAGGCAUGGCGUCUAGAUAGAUAGAUAGAUAGAUAGAUAGAUAGAUAGAUAGAUAGAUAGAUAGAUAGAUAGAUAGAUAGAUAGAUAGAUAGAUAGAUAGAUAGAUAGAUAGAUAGAUAGAUAGAUAGAUAGAUAGAUAGAUAGAUAGAUAGAUAGAUAGAUAGAAACUUUAUUAAUCCCUCGGGUAGAUUCCUCUGGGAAAUUCGGAUUCCAAGAGCACAGCACCGACAGAAGUUACAAAAAAAAUAACAACGUGAGCAAAUGUUAUAUAUAUAUACAUAUAUAGAUGCAAAGAAAAAUAAAAUACAAAAGGGAUAAAUAGAAUAAAUAGGAAUAAGAGAAUACAAGGGAAUUGCACAUUCCCAGUAUUGAACCAAAAAACCAAAAGUAUUGCACAUUUCCAGUAUUGAACCAAGUCUAGUCUAGUCAAGUCUAGUGUGAUUGCUAACUGUACCAGAGUACGGAACACAGACAUGACGUCAGUGGUGCGACUGACACACACACGCACACAUAUACACCGUACAUGAACUGAACCCGGAAGGAAUGGAUCGGGUAGGCUGUACAAAACGCAUAAUUUUUUUCUGGGAGCUUUGACAAUAUCACCGCGGAAACUAGUCAUGCUCCUGAAAUGAGACGAAGGUGUUUCCAUGUCUCCCAUGAAUGGUUUCCCGUUGCCUGUGGAUCCUUUUGUGUCCCGUAAAACUAAACCGACUUCCACUUUCAUGGAGUGUGAAGGAUUCCUCAGUCACCUGGUUUUAUAAUAGUUUCUCUGCUGGUUUGUGGGGGUCCCCAUGUGGGGGUGUGAUUGUAUGCUCACAAACCAUCCUGCUGAGUAUGCAGCCUGCAUGGCUUAAGGCUCAGGGCCAGAUAAAACAAAACGGACUUUAUGACUUGUAAUGAACUUUGGUGGAAAAUAAUUCUGGUAGCCAUAUUUUUUUGGUUUAUUGAUAAAAUUUGAUAAUCUGUCAUAUGAUCAAUAUAUAAUACCAACUUUGGCCAUUCCGCAUACUUGCUAUGAUGUAUUUUAAUUCAGCUGGUCGAUUAAUCUGUGAACCUGCAUGUUCCUGAGUCUCUGCUCAAAUCCUUCGAGUUUUUUCGGGUUGCUGGUCCCUGGUCUUGGGAGUAGGAGGCAUGUCAUCAGUGCUUAGUGUUCCCACUGUUCACGGACCAUGGUUCAUUCCUUGGAGGGUCUUUCCGUAGGGAUACAUCCGGGUUAAAUUGGAUCUUCAAAGCAGCUCAGGGAGCCGAUGGUAAUUCUGGUCUGAAAGCUGGACCCCCCCCCCCCCCCGGAGACACACUCUCCUGAUGCAUGGGCUUUAACGUCACGAGAACCUCUGUCCAGGGCUACAUCCUCUGUGCUCUUUCCUUUUUUUAAUGACUGUUGUUAACAAGCAUUUUGUGGCUGGGAAGCUGCAACUGUGACCAUAAACACUGUGCCGACCCAGAAGGUGUCAUGGUUCUGAAGCCGAGGUCAGAAACCGGUCGGCUCGGUGAUGAGUGACACGGCACCUUUGACUGCUAUCACAGUGCCUAAAGCACACUCAGCUCACUAAUGUUGCUGGGGAAAGGAGGGAAAUUGACAGAAAAGGAUGACGGCAUUGAUUUGCUGGCAACAGAUUUAAUAUAGUACUCUUAUCUUUGCUGAUAUAAUGCUAAUAUCCUAAAUAAUAGCUGAAAACCCAAUGUUGGCUUUAUAAUUAAACCGACACACAUUAAAACACAUUAAACGCACAUUAAACACACAUUUGUGGAAAGUUCCCACUGAUAUUCACUUUAAUGAUGGAGACAGAAAUUGCAUUAAUGGCCAGAAAUAGUUUUUUUUAAUAAGUGAAAGUGUCAUCUUCAGGGGAGACGAGCGCGUAGGGGAGAUGUUCAUUAUUUUUCUCAGAUUUGUCACCAGAGAUUCAGGAUCCAUGGCGCAAGCAGAUGAAUAUUUCCAUACUUUCUGACUUAAAAUAUUUUAAGUUGAGAUAAGCGUGACUUGAUUUAUUCAGACCAAACAGAAAUGAAAGCUGGGUGACUAUCACACAAGGAACCAUCCCGCAUCAUCACCGGCUUGUUUUUAUGUAAUGCUGACGAUCGCAGAGAUUCCAUCAUAAACUUAGGUAAUAGUCACAUUGAUGUGAAAUGUGCCUCUUGGCAUCACGCUAAUGAAUCUAACUAGUGUAGUUAACUAACGAGCUGAAUGGGUCGAUUCGGAUCGAGCUCAUGCUUCUGGAGUAAAUACGUCUCACUUCAUGCUGGAGUGGAGAAUGAUGGACAGGGCCAUUGCUCUCUCCUACCACCCCCCACCCCCCCCCCCCCCCCUAGUGAGCAAAGCUACCUGGAUUGUCGGUUUGUCCACUUGGCCCUCGGGAAGAUUAAUGGCCUGAGCGGGAAUUCCCUGGUGCUUGAGCAGCCCGGCCCACUCCCGGCCACUGUUUCCCCAAGAUAAAUGACCCCCCCCUCCCAGCCACACCGCCGCCCCCAUCCCCUCAAGUGCUUAGCAGCAGAUGGCUCUUUCGUCCCCGUUACCCAGAUGGCAAAUAACCCUCUAAAGAUCUUUAAGAAGGCCCACGGAUUGCGUGUACCUGCACAAAAAUGUAAAAUAAGAGCAUGUCCUGACUCCACAACGAUGGUCAGGCACUCGCACGGAGAGCCUCUGAUUGGCUGUGCUCUGCCACACUACCGCUGCCGGCACGGAGACGGCGGGAAGACGUUACUUACGGGAGGGAAACGUGUGUGACCGCUCACAGUUAUCAGAAAAUUACAUUCUUACCAGAGGGGGGUCUUUAUGAAGAAGGUUAUGGUGUUUUUGCCCUUAAAGCUGAAUUUCCUUAAAACCACUGCUUCAGCCUCAGUUCUGCAGUAGGCUUCCCUGUGCCCUGCCUGCAUUGCUGUCGAGUCUUAAACGAUCGCUUGGUAAUUUGCAUGUGGCAGUGGGAAAAGCUCUCUUUUUGCUCCGGCUGGCUGGCUCCGCGGUUUCAUGCAGACACUGAAUCGAUAUCUCAGCUACUGGGGAACUUUCACUCUGGGUAGAUCCUGCUGCAGUAACCUGGGCUAAAGAACCUGGUUUUAGCACCGUUCCCGCCGGGCCACUGUUCAAGGCUCGAUUUGACGUUGCUCUGUCUCCUGACCUUUUUUCGCAGCUGACCCUUCAGAGCACCAAAUCCAGGGUGGCUUUCUUCGAGGAGCUCUAGACCUUAUAGAAGGUGGAAGGAGGAGGAGGCCGACCCAUAAAUGGCCGGCCCGGGUCUUCCGGAACUCCAGCCCAGAUGAGCCCAGAUGUGAAGCUUUAGAGAGAAGUCCGCCAACACACUUGACUGGAGUUCGCAGGACGCAGAUGAAUUAACCUGGACUGGUGAAACCAACACUUGUAUGCUCUGAUCUGCGUUGGGAGAACAUGUGAUUGGUGUUUUUUAAUAUUAGUCUUAUAAAUUUGUUUCAUUUUUAUCUCUGUCCGUGUGAAGGUUUACACACUUUUUUAAUGAUUUCAUAAAAUGGGUGAUUGAAGUGAUCAUUGUCAAAAAUGUUGUGGAGAAAAGAAUCACAUUAAACUUUGAAGGUUUCUUUA